AGUAAGUCAUGGAUAAAACAAGGCCAUUUAUGCAAACCAAUCAUAGAAUGAACGAUUGGCUAAAAACAUAGAAAAAUGGGUGCAAAUUAAAUAUAAGGGCCUUCAAGCAAAAACUCCAACUGUAUAUUUAUGCACAGAGACACACAUACACACAACUGACUCCAACGGGCCGCCGGGAACUGCAGCAAACUCUCCUCGCUGCACUGCACACUUGACUCUCCUUCGUGUCUCCCCCCAACCCCAAUUCCCCCCAACCCAAGCCAUGCGAGCAUCUCAGGACCAUGCGCCGCAGCCACUGCCUCUGCCUCUGCCUCCACCUCCGCUAUCUCUCCCGUCGCCUCCCGCCCCGCCUCGGCGCGGGCGCCACCGCAGCUCCUACUCAUCAUCAUCCUCCGCCUCCUCCAUCUCCAGCGCGUCGUCGACCUUCUGCCCGUCGCCGUCGCCGUCCCCGCGCGCCAGUACCGCCACCUCGCUCGUGCCAUUUUCGUGGGAGCGCCAGCCGGGCGUGCCCAAGAACUCGUCCCGCGUCGGGCUGGCCUCGCCCACUGGCACUGGCACCCCUCUGCCGCCGCCGCCGCUCCGCCCGGCCCCUCGACGGCGGCGCGCCAGGGACGACGACCCCUUCGUGGCCGCCUUCGCCGAGUGCACCAGGGACGACGACGACGACAGCAUCAGAAAGCUCUGGCCAGUGACGGCAAAGCCAGCAGCAGAAUCGUCCGGGCGCGCCGAGCGCUGGUGGUGGAUCGCUGCCGGCGGCGGCGGCGGGCUCGUGGCCUUCCUCGACCUGCACGGGUGCAAGAGCGCCGUGGAUGUCGCUGACGGCGCCGCCUUCCACCCCCGCCGGCUCGUCGCCGCCGCCGCCGCCGCUGCAGGUCCCAGGGCGGUCGGUCGUCCAGGGAAGCCGAAGAUGAGUAAUUAACAGAGCUGCUUCUUGGCCGGCCGGGCUGCGUCGGCACCAUGAUGGGUAGCCGUGGCUGGUGCUGUCAUGCAUGUUCCCCGGCUUCGUGUACGUACGUGGCUGGUGGCCGCAUGCUUGUUCCUCACGGCCCCGUUGGAAGCUUGAACGAGGCAACGAGCGGGCGAUCUGCCUCGCAAUUGGUCAAGGGAAGACAGGUCGAUCGAUGGGGGCCCGUGCGGCGGCCGCCCGAAAGGGGUCGGCGGCGUGUCCAGCAUGUGCCCGUCGUCUCCUUCCACAUCGAUUAGAUUAGAAUAAUCCCCCCACCCCGAUGAACAAUCUGUUUGGAAGCCCUCACUUUUUAAGAAACCAGUUUUUAUUUUUUAGCUAGGAGAGCUUUUUGUUUUUUUUAAGAAAAUGAGAAUCUAAUUUAUAUAAACUGAGUCAUAAACCGAUAUAUUUGAAACCACCUUAAUUUCUAUAAAUCAGUUCCUUAAAAACUGGAUGGACCUAAGUCGUUCGCUUGAGCUAAAGCGCAACUGGAGCCGCUGCAGCUAUGGCUACAAACUACUUCAGUGAAAUGGCUGCAGCGAUCGUCAACUUAAGCUCAGUCGAACAGUCACUA